AUGUCAGAGAGACGUCUCUCGCGUCUGCUCAAGGCCAAGCUGUUGCGGCGAUCAUCGACGUCCGUCCCCAAAGCGGGCAACGGGGCGGACCCGCGUGUCCACCCAACUUCAUUAACCGUUCACACCUCCAACGCCAACUCCUGCCCUCCACAUCCCUUCGACUCCGCCAGCGAAAAGUCUCCCUAUAGCGUCGUCUCCUCCACCGCCCAUUCCUCUGACGCGAUCGGCCCCGGUCCCGAGUCCGAGCCCCAUCCACAGGGAAACGCGCCCGUGUUCGAGUCCCAAGCCGAUCUCUCGUCUCAUUCCUCCACGCCUCCACCUGCCGACCAGCAGUCCCAGCAUCGUCACGAGCCGGAACGAUCAUCCUCCACCCCACUACCGACAGAGGCCGGCUCGUCGCUGCUGCACACGCCGCUGACCGAAGACCUGCCAUCCCCCCUCGAGUCUCCGCUCCCGACCCCUCGGCAUUCCGACGAUACGUCUUUCCAAUCCGCGGUCGUCAAAGUCCGAGCAUCCGCGCCCACCGAGCUCCAAUUGACCCCGACCUUGAAUGCCGUCAUCGAGCAAACCGCACCCGAACGCCGGCCAUCGUCAUCUUUUCCCGCGCCCCCAUCGAGCAAGCGCCCGAGCAUUGCCAUCCGCAGACAGUCUCUGCUGCCUGCGUCACAUCAGCAUUUGAUCUCGGGUCUGCUAGAACAGAAUCUUUUCGCUGCGCCAGGUGAUCCGAAUCAAUUUCGCGCCCCGGUCGUGGCAGACGAGAUGGUUCAACGUCGAAUCUGGGUCAAGCGGCCAGGUGGCUCGGCUACCCUCGUGCCCUGCCUGGAAGACGCGGUCGUGGACGAGCUGCGUGACCAGGUGAUCAUGAAAUACGCCAACUCAUUAGGAAGGACAUUUGACUCCCCAGAUAUCGUGAUCAGGAUUACCUCACGAGAGGGCUCGAGCCGGAACAGCCAUCCAGAGCGUCUUCUCAGCCCUGAAGAAUCUCUGGUGUCUGUGCUCGACUCAUACUAUCCGGGAGGUCAAACAGUGGAGGAGGCCCUGGUGAUUGAUGCACCAACUCGCCGGACCCCCAAACCCUCCCCACGCCACAGUGUUUAUCAUCACCAUCACCCAGAGCCUGGCGAACAUGGCGAAUACUUUCCGCUUAUGCCCGUCAACCCCACCAAAACCUCGACUCCUCCCUUACAUCCAUCAAAUCCUGGCGCAAAUAACCAGGCGGCGAUGUCGUCCAUCAUGAGCACGGGCGUGCCCCCUCCACUGCAUUCUCCCGGACGAAGCGGUGCAUGGCAUCAUCGCCGGCCACCCCUUCAACGGCAUACGACGAACUCGCCGACACACUUGGGACAAGCGCCCACUGUCAAUGUAACAGAACCCGGCAUAUCACCCCACUCUCAACCCACUCCAGCACCGCCGCAAAGCAUCCCUACACCUCCCGCGCCAGCAGCCGAAUCUCCCCAAACCAAAAUCCACACCCCGCCGGCACCCGUCACAUCCCCACGUGCUUCCAGGAAGUCCAAGGCCGCUGCAUCACCCGGUGCAGUCUUUGGGGGAUUGAUUGACGGCACGGUACCUCCAAUCAAUGUUUUGAUCGUCGAAGAUAAUAUCAUCAACCAAAAGCUACUCGAAGCGUUCAUGAAACGAUUGAGUGUGCGAUGGAAGUGUGCAGCAAACGGAGAGGAGGCCGUGCGGAAAUGGCGACAAGGUGGAUUCCAUUUGGUACUGAUGGAUAUCCAACUACCUGUCAUGAACGGAUUGGAUGCUACCAAGGAGAUUCGUCGGCUAGAACGACUAAACGGAAUUGGAGUCUUCCCUAAGAAUGCCUCUGGUCGUUCAAGUGUUUCGAGCGCCACUUCAGAGAGGAGGCCGGGUCUUCACCGGUCCGUCAGUGAGGAAGAUACCUUGACGGAUCUGUCUCUGUUCCGCAGCCCUGUCAUUAUCGUCGCUUUGACCGCUAGUAGCUUGCAAAGCGAUCGACAUGAGGCAUUGGCUGCUGGUUGUAACGAUUUCCUUACCAAGCCUAUUGGCUUCCCAUGGCUGUCCCAAAAGGUCACCGAAUGGGGUUGCAUGCAAGCACUGAUCGAUUUUGAGGGUUGGCGAAAAUGGCGUGGAUUCCUGGACUCAACCCAGUCCUCGCCUGUCAGCCUCGAUAGUGGCACCAGUCCGAUGCAGACGGGUGGUCGGAAUGAUUACCUACAGAGUACAGAACCUUCUUCUCCCUCUUUUUCAACUCGCGCCUCCAAAGCCAAGCAAUCUCGCCAAGAGCUGGCUAGACCUACUCUGCCGGAUGCUGCCGAGAUCAUGCGUGAAGACUCAUGGGGCAGCGGCAGUGGUGAUACCACAGAUACGGGUCCAAGUUCCCAGGCGACGCCUGGAGAAUCUGAGGCACAGCCUUCCUUCAACGAAGCCCCGACUUCGAACGCAGAAUGA